AAUGGAUGGAUGGAUGGAUUUGAUUUUAGACCACGAACUAGACUGCUUUUAACUGAGUCAGAACGUCUGUUUAGGCCCCUGCCUCUUCUUUGGAGCGACCCCUUGACCUACCAUCACAAUAAAGACAGUUCACAGGUGGCGUCGCCGUCAUGUCUCAUACAAAGUGAGCAGUGCAGGGAUGGCCCAGGUGAAAGUAACAGGGGAGGCUGUGAGAAACCCCCAGGACUGUGUUGAGGUGUUCUCGGACAUGGCGACUGUUAGCUCCACUGAAGAAAUUGGAGAUUUAUCGUGUGCGACCUCCACGGCUGUAGGUGUCAGCAGACGGAGCAGAGCCUUUCAGUCUCCAACGAGGAGACGCCUGCGCACUACCUUCAGCCACAAGCAGCUGGAACAUCUGGAGAUGGCCUUUGGACAGAACCAGUAUCCUGACAUCUACUUCAGAGAGGAGCUGGCACGAAUCACCAAGCUCAAUGAAGCCCGCGUACAGGUGUGGUUUCAGAACAGAAGAGCCAAGCAGCGUAAGCGUGAGCGGGCGUCCCAGAAAGCUCUUUGUCUGGGUGUUAUACCAGGCCACAGGGCACUGCUGGGCAGCAUGCACAUCCCACCAUCAAUGGCUCGGCACUAUUAUGCUCAACCCCUAGCCACGGUUCUGCCUGCCGCCAUGUUCCCCCACCACCCAACACCAGGCAGCCAGUACCCCUGUUCCUCUAUGCCACCGCAGGUGACCCCUCAACAUCAGCAUGAGGAAUGGUACAGCCCCCUGAGGAGCAACCUGACACCAACUAUGUUCUCCCUGACCUCCAUGCAGCCCCUGGACACCUCUCACUGGAGCUGAGCAUCCACCAGGAACAAGAUUGUUCACCAAACUAUAGUUAGGC